AUGUUGGGAAAGAGCCGCCUCGUUCGAAGGGGAAGUCUACCUAUACGAAGAAAACGGGCAGAGCGCCAAUGGAAAAGUCAGAUUUAUUAGAAAAUUUUAUAUUGUCCGUUUUUUCCUCUCUCCCCUCCUUCCAAAACCAUCGAAAGGGCCUCUUCUCGUUCCGAAAGCUCCAAUCUUUUCGUUUAUCUCUCGCUUUGCUAUUUCUUCUCACCUCGCUCUCGCGGUCGCGCCUCUUCUGCUUAGCGUUUAUUCAGCUCGUGUUCUCCUACAUCAAGAACUGUUUCAAGAUUGACGGGAAGCGGCAUUUGAAGAGGAGAGAUUCUUCUCCUCUACAUUUUUCAGGCCCUUGAAAUAAAUACUCACAUGCUGCCCAGUAGCAGGAGCAGAAGUCAGCCUAGGGCUGGGAUGGAUUACUUGGACACGAGAAGGAAGCGGCAUUUUGCCGGAAAAAUUUUUACAGCUGCUUUUCUCACGGUUGUUUGCAUAUUCAUUCUCAAGCAUUCUCCUGGUUUCAGUGGCACAAGUGUGUUCUCUCAUCACGAGCAAGGGGUAACCCAUGUCUUAGUAACUGGAGGAGCUGGCUAUAUUGGUUCGCAUGCAUCCCUUCGACUCUUGAAGGACUCAUAUCGAGUUACUAUUGUGGAUAAUCUUUCUAGGGGAAACAUUGGGGCUAUUAAAAUUCUUCAGGAGUUAUUUCCAGAGCCAGGGAGGCUGCAAUUUAUCUUUGCUGAUUUAGGCGAUGCAAAAGUUGUUGAUCAAAUAUUUGCUCAAAAUGCAUUUGAUGCAGUGAUGCACUUUGCAGCAGUAGCUUAUGUUGGUGAGAGUACUCUUGAACCUCUUAGGUACUAUCACAACAUUACUGCAAAUACUUUGAUUAUUCUUGAAGCCAUGGCAAAACAUCGUGUCAAAACUCUAAUAUAUUCAAGCACAUGUGCAACGUAUGGAGAACCUGAGAAAAUGCCCAUAACUGAAAAAACUCCUCAGAAUCCGAUUAACCCAUAUGGGAAGGCCAAGAAAAUGGCAGAGGACAUGAUCCUGGACUUCUCAAAGAAUGCUAACAUGGCUGUUAUGAUUCUGAGAUACUUCAAUGUCAUUGGAUCAGACCCUGAAGGAAGGCUAGGCGAAGCUCCAAGGCCUGAACUUCGGGAGCAUGGACGCAUCUCCGGUGCGUGUUUUGACGCUGCACGAGGAAUCAUAUCAGGGCUGAAGGUUAAAGGAACAGACUAUCCAACUCAAGAUGGAACUUGUGUAAGAGACUAUAUUGAUGUGACUGACCUUGUCGAUGCUCAUGUGAAAGCUCUCGACAAUGCAAGGCCUAAAAACGUUGGGAUCUACAAUGUUGGCACUGGAAAAGGUAGAUCAGUCAAGGAAUUUGUGGAAGCUUGUAAGAAAGCAACUGGAGUUGAUAUCAAAGUAGACUACCUUGAAAGAAGACCUGGAGAUUAUGCUGAAGUGUACAGUGACCCUUCAAAGAUUUAUCAGGAGUUGAACUGGACUGCUAAGUAUACUAACCUUGAAGAGAGCCUCAAGGUUGCUUGGAAGUGGCAGAAAUCACAUAGGAAUGGAUAUGGCACAUCCUCUUCAUAAUAUACCAUACAAAAGAGCUAUUGGAUUGGGGCACAUUAUUAGGUCCGAUCACCUGACAGAGAGAAUCAUCCGGAUUUCUUUGUCUAUAGUAAAAGCGUAGUUACCGUAGUAGCUGCACUUUGACUGUGUUUUUACUGUGGACAGAGAGAAAUUUGGAUGUAUCUCUCUGUCAGGCGACUGGACCUAAUAAUUUCCCAUUGGAUUGGAAGGCGUUUGGAAGUUCAGUGGGUGGUACAAGGAAACUGGUUGGGUGGAUUUAGUUUAAUACAAGGAGAUUAUUGUUCUUUUAUCGUGAGAGUUCAGAUAGCAGGGAAUUUUUUUUUUUACAUGGAAGAAUAGAAGUUGAAUAAUUGAUCCAGCUGAUUCACUAUACCUGCUUUGAUAAAAUGUUAGUUGUAUUAUGUUUAUUGUUAACUUACAGAGAAUGAAAGAAGGGUUUUUUGUUUUGUACA